GUGUUUUUUAUUUUAAACCGGGGUAUGUGUGAAUUUUGUACAUUUGCCUAACACUGGAUCUUUACGCCAUUUUUAGAGAUUAUGUGCAGAUUGCAAGAAUGGCUAAUUCUCAUUUCAGACAAUUUCAUCUUUGUUUUAUGUUAACCUGUAUUUUUUCGUUCUGCUUUCAAUUAUGUUCUGGGUUCUGUAAUGGUAGACCCUCAGGUGUAAGUGUGGCCCAACUUCAGCCGAAACAGAUCAACAUUUCUUGGGAUAUAUCGAACGUGAAUUGUGGGAUUUUACAGUACGCCGUCCAUUUUGAGAUCCGGAAGCCGCUGACGGUGUUCCGGAGUGUUAACGUGACGAAUCCCCGACAGAGCAGCGUGGUUGUUGACGUCACGCCGUCCUUCACCUACAACAUUUACGUCAACGGACUGACGGCCACGGCGGAACCGCCCACCCCCGACUCCGUGUCCUACACCGUCCCCAGUACCCCGCCAGACGACUUCCCACGAAUACACGUGACCAGCAAGACUCUGACGUCACUUACCGUAAAAUGGGACAAACUCAGCAUCUACCAUAGAUGUGGCGUCAUUUCAGGAUACACGCUUCUUUAUCAGCGGCCAGACAAGUCGACGGUUCCUAUUGACGUCCCCGGGGGUGAGGACACCACCCAGUACACCCUGACGGGCCUGUCCCCCGGGACACAGUACAACAUCGUUAUCCGCGCCGUCAACGACGCGGGGGCGGGCAAGUGGAGCCAGCCCUUCCUCACCGUGUCCACCGAGAGCCCAACAACAACUGCUACCACCCCCACAACAAGCACAACAACAUCCAGUACAACAACAACAACAACAACAACCACCGUAAAACCGACAACAACGACAUCGACGACAACAACUAGCACUACACCAACAACAACAACAACGACAACAACACGGCCAACAACAACCAGUACACCACACCCGACAACUAAAACAACAACAACAACAACGACAGCUAGACCCACCACCUCCACCACAUGGAGAUCCACCACACGGAGCCCCGGGACUCGGGCCCCGCCCCCUCACAGGGCUCACAUUGAGGCCGCUGACGACAUGAGCGUGCCGCUAUUGCUGGCCGUGGUGGGGGGAUGCAUCCUGUUCCUGGCUGUGUUGAUUCCCGCCAUCUUCUUCAUCUGUCGCUACUGCUGUAACAAAGCACCUGUCGGGGUCACUGACCCCAAACCCCGACAACAGUCACAGAGAGAACUACCCAGGCGCCCCUCUAGGUACCCUGAACAGAUCGGGCUCGGAGUCGCUCACCUCGUCACUGUGGUAGACAUCAAACCAACAUGUAAACCUCCGCCGGUGCAAAGAGUCCGGAACCCUAACGUCCAGUACAGCGAGUUCUCCUAUGAGGAGGGCUACAAAGGCUUCCGCCCGAAUCACACGGGACAGGAUUACCCAAAUUUACUCAGGAAAGUUCACAGAGAAUCUCCAGUUGAAAAGCCCAACAGUGGAAGCUUCCCUCCGGUAGAAAGUUCUGAGGUUGGCGAAGUGAGCGAUUUAACCUACAACCGGGUGAAUAACAAUCACGUCUCUCACACCAACAACGUUUACAUUCAUAACUUUAUGAAAACCAGGCGACUCUUCACUCCGAGCACUCCUGUUACACCGGCCAUUGGCUACCGGAAGCCGAAGGAAUAUCAUGACACACUUCCGGUGGAAGAAGAGUCUCCGGAAAAUUUUCCGUUUUCACAAUAUAGUUCUCUAGAAAAACCAAAAAGAUUCAAAACACGGGCAAUACUGAGGGAACACUCGGACCCUAACUACACACUGUAGGUAAUGCACGUGUCAUCCAACACGUGCCAACCACUGUGAAAGCAAUGCAUUCAAUUUGUCGUUUAAUGCUUACAAUAAACAUGCCGCCCCCAAAGUAUGUGAUAGAAUGUGAUAACUUUGAUAUAGGUUUUAAAUUAUUUAUUUAUUUAUUUAUUUAUAUCAUUUAUGAUGUUUAUGUUUGUAACUUGUCGCAUACUAUGCAACAUAAAUAUCCGUUGGUGAUGAAGUUAA